GGUUUGGGUUGGGAAGUCAAGAAUAAUUUAAAUGAUAAGUCAAAAGCAAGCGAAGGGAAAGGCCAACUAAUAAAAUACGCCAGGGCAUACCUUUCAGCGAAUCCACCUUUAACAAGCAUUUUCUAUGGAUGUUUGACGGAUGGGAAGCUUUGGCAAUUCGUGAAAAUCCAACUUAUGUUAGAUGAUGUUAAUGACCUAAAAGUGAAGUUUGAGGAAAGUCUCAACUAUGAAUGGAGUAAACGCACAGCCUCACUUAUUGCUGGCCUAAUUAAUCGUUACCAUAAUGACCUGUCGAUGAGAGCUUCUGGCGAAAAAAAAGAAUCUCCAAAUAACGAUGAAACGUUUAAGUCAUCAAUUUCUUCUAAAAAUCUCUUGGCUUCUUUCAUUGAAGAAGGUAUCGAUAUCAGAUUAAGCUCUGGAAAUUGUAUCCAUGUGCAGAUCACGUCUCACCUUGGAACUGGAAGAGAGUGUACAGUUUUUUUGGCACAAGUACGUGAUUAUGGAAUAAAGGAUGCCGUUUUGAAGAUUGAAGUUUACAAAAACACUAAGAUCUCUCAAAUUUACCGUGAAAUAUCAGUGUUGCAUUCGCUGGGUGAUCUCCCUUGUGUUCCUAAAAUUCUCUUCGAGG